AUACCAGACCCAGAUACCUGGGUUCAGCUGCAGGUGUGUAACGCCACUGUGGGGGAAACUCUGUGUGGACCUGUUUUCUUCACAUCUGUGAUUCCUUCGUUAUGGGAAAGGAGAAGAUCCAUAUUAAUAUAGUUGUGAUUGGCCAUGUCGAUUCUGGGAAGUCCACCACCACUGGCCACCUCAUUUAUAAAUGUGGGGGCAUUGACAAGAGAACCAUCGAAAAAUUUGAAAAGGAAGCUGCGGAGAUGGGGAAAGGCUCAUUUAAAUAUGCUUGGGUUCUGGACAAGUUAAAGGCAGAGCGAGAGAGAGGCAUCACAAUAGACAUUUCUCUUUGGAAGUUUGAAACCUCUAAAUACUACAUCACCAUCAUCGAUGCUCCAGGACACAGAGAUUUCAUCAAGAACAUGAUUACAGGGACUUCCCAGGCAGAUUGUGCUGUUCUUAUUGUGGCAGCUGGGGUAGGCGAGUUUGAGGCAGGUAUCUCUAAGAAUGGACAGACCCGUGAACAUGCCCUGCUUGCAUACACGCUGGGUGUCAAGCAGCUGAUUGUUGGCGUUAAUAAAAUGGACUCCACAGAACCAUCUUACAGUGAAAAGCGCUAUGAUGAGAUUGUUAAAGAGGUCAGUGCUUACAUCAAGAAGAUUGGAUACAGCCCUGCCUCUGUACCCUUUGUCCCUAUUUCUGGAUGGCAUGGGGACAACAUGCUGGAACCUUCCACUAAUAUGACAUGGUUUAAAGGCUGGAAACUCGAGAGAAAGGAACAGCAUGCCACUGGAAUAACUCUCCUUGAGGCCUUGGACACAAUUAUGCCUCCCACACGUCCCACUGACAAGCCUUUACGCCUUCCUCUGCAGGAUGUUUACAAAAUUGGAGGCAUUGGGACAGUACCUGUGGGCAGAGUGGAGACUGGCAUCCUGCGUCCAGGCAUGGUGGUGACCUUUGCCCCUGUCAAUAUCACCACGGAAGUGAAGUCUGUGGAAAUGCACCAUGAGUCCCUGAGUGAAGCGGUACCAGGUGAUAAUGUAGGAUUCAAUGUGAAGAAUGUGUCGGUAAAGGACAUUCGCAGGGGAAAUGUGUGUGGAGAUAGCCGGUCAGAUCCACCCCAGGAAGCUUCAGGCUUUACAGCACAGGUUAUCAUUCUAAAUCAUCCAGGGCAAAUCAGUGCAGGCUACUCCCCCGUACUCGACUGUCACACAGCUCACAUCGCCUGCAAGUUUGCUGAACUGAGAGAGAAGAUUGACCGCCGCUCAGGGAAGAAGCUGGAAGACAACCCCAAGUCACUGAAGUCUGGAGAUGCUGCAAUUGUGGACAUGAUUCCAGGAAAACCCAUGUGUGUGGAGAGUUUUUCUCAGUACCCUCCUUUAGGACGCUUUGCAGUGCGAGAUAUGAGACAAACCGUUGCUGUUGGGGUCAUCAAGAAUGUAGAAAAGAAAAUUGGUGGGAGCUGCAAAAUCACUAAAUCAGCCCAAAAAGCUCAGAAGGCUGGCAAAUGAAUGCUGUUGUUCCCUUUGGUCCCCAUAGUAUAUCUGGGCAUGCUCACCUGGCCUAUUGCACUUCAGUCUCAUUCUACAUCACUGGAUGAUAGUCAUCUGACUGUGAAUGGCAGAAAAUAGUUAUUGAUUGUUUACCAUGGCUUUGUUGUAAUUUAAGCUCUGAACCCUAAGUCUAUAUAACUUGACUAUAAUAUGUAUUAUAAUACAGAUGGUAUGUAUAUGUAAAUGUGUAUAAUAUUCAUACAUAUUAGAAAGUUUCUAUUUGAGGUUUGGGCUGCAGUCAUAAAAUGAGAGAGGUGAUCUUGAGGGUGAAAAUGAGUGAUGCAUGGAUUUAUACAAAACUGUGGAUGCCACUUGGCUUUGGAGAAAUAAAAAAAGGUUGCUUGAAAUUUUAUAUUUGUUCUACCCUGUAGUUUAAAAGGACUUGUUAUGACACAAUUUAUUUGCAUUGCAU